AUGGAUCACGGCACCGAUUUUGCCUACGUGGCUGCAAUUCCACGCCGUUCUCAUAUUGCUGUCAUCGCAUUGCUGCGCCGCCUUAUCACGACCCAUGGGAAGCCUUCCACCGUCCUCACGGAUAAUGGAGAGGAAUUUCUGUCGUAUCCUUUUCAGAAUUAUCUUCAGCGAUUAGGAAUUCAGCACUUACACACCUCACCAUACCAUCCGCAGACAAAUGGCCGCCUCGAGAAGUUUAACGAUAUGCUGGUACAGACGUUAGCGCGUUAUACGGCUCCCAACCGACAGGACGAAUGGGAUCAAUACUUACCGGAUGCACUUCUUGCGCAGCGCGCGCACGUCAGUCGGAGCCAUGGCGCGUCACCUUUCUUCCUUGUGUUUGGUCGUCAGCCCCGUCUUCCGCACGAAACGACUUACGACCUUCUUCGGGCGCCACCGACCGACGCGGAGAUCGCGACGUUGCAAAACCGUCGUCUCGAGCAUGUUCAGAACGUUGAGAGGUUCCGAACCGAGGCGAACACGCGCGCCUUGCGCCGCUUGCAGGACGAGGCGCGCCGCCGUGAGGGUACUUACCACGAACGCGCGCUCGGGAUUGGCGAUUAUGUCCUUCGACGUUCGGAGAACCCGACGAAACUCCAUCCGCGCUGGGACGGACCCUUCAUCGUUCACGAUGUCACUGACCGGAACGUUUAUCAGCUCCGCACACGAAACGGCUACAUCCUUCGUACCUUGUACAAUGCUGCCCGUUUGAAAUGUUAUCACCCGUCGAAUAUGGAUCCCGAGUUAUGGUACUCCUCUGCCGACCUUCAGCGUCGCGACGCCCGAGCGCGAAUGCAACGCCGACUCGACACCAGUCUCGGUCGCGCUGGCACCUCUCGCGAUGCCUAA